AUGACAUUGAUCUCGGAGCCGACCGCCUACGGUACAAGUUCUCUUGCAAGUAAUGAGCAAUUCAGUGCACGCUCUUCAACUCGACGCAAGUGGAUCAAGUGGGGACUCAUUGGUGCAUCCAUUGGUUUACUUGCUCUCGGUGUAGCAGGCACUUCCUCAACUUCACACUUGGCAGCGUCGAUUAAGGCCGCUGCAAUGUUCGACGAGGGCGACGUUGCAUGUUACCAAAGCUCCUAUAUCGGCGGUAUGACUACCAUGAUGGAGCCAAUUCACGGGCUCAAGUGGAAGCACGGGAGUGUAAAGAACACCAAGUCCUUCAUUGCUGUGGACGUAAAGACUCAGUUCCAGGAGAUCUACGGUUUUGGAGGAGCCUUUACGGAGGCAGCGUCAUUGCAGUUCCAGAGGCUUCCACAUGAGAAACAAGAGGAGGUACUAAAGCUCUACUUUGAUAAAGAGCAGGGUAGUGCGUACAGCUUUGGCCGUGUGCCGAUGGGGUCGUGCGAUUUCUCGCCGGAGUCGUACAACUUUGCCGAGAAGGUGAACGACAUCGAUCUACUGGAAUUUGAUGUGAACGUGACCCACGACACGGAGACAAUGAUCCCGUUCAUCAAGCGUGCGUUGAAACUUCGACCAGACAUGAAAUUGUUCUUGGCGCCUUGGAGCCCGCCGGCUUGGAUGAAGCGGCCAGGCCCCGAUUACAUCCCUAGUAUGCUGGGGUCGGUGAAGCCGGUGGGACUCCGAGACGACAUGCGUGCACCGUGGGCCCUGUACUUUUCCAAGUUUAUCACUGCCUACAAGAGCCAUGGGAUUCCGUUCUGGGGUCUUACGCCGCAGAAUGAGCCCGAGUUUGCUGCGCCAUGGGAAGCAUGCGCAUUCGACCCGGAGUAUGAAGCUGAAUUCAUCGGAGAGUUUUUAGGCCCCGUACUGGAGCGUGAUCACCCUGGUCUCACUAUCAUGGUGUUUGACCAUAACCGUAACAACGUGCUCCACUGGGCAGAGGUGAUCUACAACCACCCGACCGCAAGUAAGUACGUUGGCGGCAUGGCCUUUCACUGGUACCAGGAUGGCGGUGAACGUUAUAUGGACGGAGUAGAGUACCCCGAGCAUCUAAAGGAGACUCACUUUGUCGAUCAAAACCGCUUCAUGCUGGCUUCUGAAAGCUGCAAUUGCCCGGGCGUGGCAUUCGGCAAGGACGCGUGGUUUCGUGCUCUCCGCUACGGUCACGACAUUUUGAACGACCUGAAUAACCACGUGGUUGGUUGGGUUGACUGGAACUUGCUGCUUGAUCACACCGGUGGUCCCAACCAUAAGGGCAACCUCUGCGACGCUCCUAUAAUUUUGACUAAGGACGGAAACGAUUUCAACAUUCAGCCCAUGUUUUACUUCAUUCAGCACUUCUCUAAGUUCAUCCCGGUCGGCUCACGCCGUGUAAAGGUGCAAGUUGCUGCCCACUUUGAGAAACCUGGUGAUGCACAAUUGUAUGUAGACUACCAGCUGUCUCUCGACGCGUGCGACGGAAGCUCCCGCCAAAUGAUUCACAGAACCGACGAUGGCAAGAUGCAAGUCACUAGCACGCCAUUCUGUGUGAACAUGGUACCAAUCCAAGGCAAAGGACAGGAGAUUCGACUUGUAGAGUGCCAGUACACGCAGCAAUCGUGGACGUUCGAAAAAGACACACAGCGCAUCCGCAUUGACGACUUUUGUCUAUCACUAAGCCGUGGUUCAACUGAAGACGGCGUUCGUGUGACUGCAGACAAGUGCCAAGAUCAGGCGGUGCCGUACCAACAGUGGACGUUCAACGGGGAGGAUGGCACUAUGCGCUCUCACGCGUCGACGGGUGACCAGUGCAUGACGACGGGUUAUGCGUUCGUACAGGCUAUUGCGUUCGUAACACCCGAGAACCGCAAGGUGCUGGUUGUGUUGAACGAAAAUACGGAACCAGCUGAUUUCCAGGUGCAGGUUGGUGAUGCAAUGCUCGAUACGACGAUUUUACCGGGAGCUAUUCGCACUUACAUAUGGGAGUAA